GGGUGGGCGGUCCACACCGAGGGCAGCGGCUACCUUCUGGCCUCCCAGCCCGGGUGCGGCGUCCGCCACCAUGUCCCUAGCUGCCUCAGCGGGCCGGGGGCCGGGGACCAUGUGGUCCCCUACCCACGUCCAGGUGACGGUGCUACAGGCGCGGGGCCUGCGGGCCAAGGGUCCCGGGGGCACGAGCGACGCGUACGCGGUGAUCCAGGUGGGCAAGGAGAAGUACGCCACGUCCGUGUCGGAGCGCAGCCUGGGCGCGCCCGUGUGGCGCGAGGAGGCCACCUUCGAGCUGCCGCCGCUGCUGUCGUCCGGGGCCGUGCCGGCCGCCGCCGCCACCCUGCAGCUCACCGUCCUGCACCGCGCCUUGCUCGGACUCGAUAAGUUCCUGGGCCGAGCCGAGGUGGACCUGCGGGAGCUGCACCGGGACCAGAGCCGCAGGAAGACGCAAUGGUACACCUUGAAGUCCAAACCAGGAAAGAAGAACAAAGAGCGAGGAGAAAUUGAGGUCGAUAUCCAAUUUAUGAGAAACAACAUGACUGCCAGCAUGUUUGACCUCUCCAUGAAAGAUAAGUCUCGGAGUCCAUUUGGAAAGCUGAAGGACAAGAUCAAAGGGAAGAAUAAGGAUAGCGCCUCGGAUACCGCUUCGGCCAUCGUCCCCAGCAUGACACCCUCAGUCGACAGCGAUGAUGAGUCUUUCUCAAAAGACAAGAAAAAGAAAUCGAAGAUCAAGACUUUGUUUUCCAAGUCGAAUUUGCAGAAGACGCCGCUCUCCCAGUCCAUGUCUGUCCUGCCCACUUCAAAGCCAGACAAAGUGCUGCUUCGUCCAGGAGACUUCCAGUCCCGGUGGGAUGAGGAUGAUGACAAUGAGGAUGAGUCCUCCUCCUCCACCUCUGAUGUCAUGUCCCACAAGAGGACGUCCAGUGGAGACCAUACACAAUUGAGCAGCUUUAGCCUUCCCAGGAAAGAAGGGCUCUCCUUCCUCGGGGGCCUCCGGUCCAAGAACGACUCCCUUUCCCGAUCUAACGUCUGUAUCAAUGGGAACCAUGUUUACCUGGAGCAGCCAGAGGCCAAGAGUGAGAUCAGAGACAGCAGCCUUUCUGAUUCUCCAUCCCCACAGGGCUUCAGGAAGAAGCAUUUGUUCGCAUCCACUGAAAACUUGGCUGUCCGGUCUCCUAAGGAACCUGGAGAAGGAGGCGGCAUGUCCUCUGACAGGCGACUGUCUGACUCUUCCACCAAGGACUCCAUGAAGUCCAUGUCUCUGCCAUCCUAUCGAGUCCUGACCAGUGGGGACAUUAGAGAGAACAUGUCUCCAGCUAACAUGGAGGCUACCAAGGAGACGAAAGACAGCAAGAAGCAGGAGAGCAAGAAAUCCUCUUUGCUUUCUCUGGUGACCGGAAAGAAAGAUGUGGCUAAGGACAGUGAAGGUGAACCUCUUCCCAUUGUCUCAGAGAAAGAGAAGGAAAGGAAAGCCACGCUCGUGGGAGGCCAGCUGCGGGAGGAAGACACUGUGAGAAGAGCCGAGAAAGAUGCUGUUCCUGUUGCCUCCCAGAUUGGCAACUCCCCAAACCCUUUUGAAGAUGUGCAGAUCUCAGACCUAGAAUCCAGCCUGGAGUCUAAGACUGAACCAAAACCACCAGUUCCCGCUCCAAGGGCUCCCCAGACCAAAGCUGUGAAGCCUAGACUGGAAGUUUCUCCAGAGGCUCAACCCAAAGCCAGGCUUCCUUCCCCUGUCUCUGCUCUGUUUCCGACUCUUCCUUCUAGCUCUACUCAGGCUCCUGUCUUUUCUGACUUGAGGUGUGACUCAGAGACACAAUCCUCUGAAAGUCCUUCUGUCUUCUCCUCCUCCUCUCCUCUAGCAGCUCCUAUCUCCACAUCCACUCCACUCGAACACUGGCCCCCCACAGGCAGGGCUGAGGCCAGUUCUGAAGAACCUUCUUUGUUCCUCAAAACAAUCUCUCCAAAGGAGAGUUUAACACCAGACGAGAACACCACUUCUUCCGCCUUGGGAGCACCUUGCAAACAGCUUCCUAUCCCAGCUCGGAAGGGGACGGAAGAGUCUUCAGGGAGCAAGACCAGGGAGACAGGCACAGGGAAGGAAGCUGGCAGUGAUGAGUCAGGAAAGACCCUCAUGAGGCAUCAUGAAGAACUCGUGAAGCUUCCUUUCCCAGAACAGCACCGGGUUCCCUCACCUGAAGAGGCCCAGGAAGUACGCUCAGUGCUCUCACUCCACAGUGGCAGAAUUGUAAACCCUGCUGACGGGUCUCCCACAGUGGGAACUUCAGACCCAGAGUGUCAGUCUAGGUCUUCUGUGGAGAACGAUCAGGAUGGUAGAAUGACUUCUGCAGUCAAAGAAGCAACACCUCUUCCUCAAGAGGAAGAGGCAGCCUCCUCGUUUGACAGCACAACACCAAAAUAUGAAGAGAUGCAUUUGAGUGCCAGUGGAGGUCAAAAGAAAGCCAAGAAACGAGUGUCCUUUUCUGAACAGCUCUUUGUAGAAGAAGAAACAGAGGGACCCACUGGGCUUGAGGAAGAGGAUGGAAGUCAUCGCCAGCACCUGACACAUGAAGGGCCCAUUGCUGGAAGCAUGACCACACAGUCUCCUCACACAGAGGUUGUACACAUAGGAGAGGAACCUGUGGCCACAGAAGCUCAGCUUACCAUCCCUUCUGAAAGCAAGAGUUUUCCAGAAGGACCCACAGGUGAAGCCAGCCCAGCAAGCGGUACCCAGCUCUUGAGGGAUGAAGAGAAUGAUGAUCUCAUCACUUCUUGUCAGAGCAAAGCCAGUGAUCAUGAAGGCCUACUGUCUAACCCACUACAUGACCUUCCGUCUGCCUCUGAGGUGACAUCUCCUCUCAUGGCUGAUCCCCUGAGCUUGUCUCUUCCAUCCAUUCCUGAAGUGGCAUCAGAUGACGAACGAGUAGAUGAGGCUGGAGAUGGAAGGAAGGCAGUAAAGCUGGUUGAUCUAGAAGCAGGAGGUUCACCCUUGAACAGGUCACCGUCCUGUCUGGAGAAAGCAGAGAUGCCAAGUGAUCAGGCACAUGAGUCAGUGCCCAUGGAGAAUCUGCAUGACUUCAGGCCCAAAACUCCUGAAGCAGUUUCUUCUGAGCAGACAGCUGCAUUAGGAAUUCCUUCACCACAUCUUGGCAAGAACUCAAGUGUGAAUAAAGAGAUACCAGGCCCCGGAACUAACAAGGAAGAGAAAGUGAAGGGGGAUGGGAGGCCAGCUUCGCCUCUCUGCGUAUCCCAGGGCUCUCCUGUGCCCAGCUCCUCACUCUCUGAGACCUUUCCUGCCACACACUCUUUCCCCAGCUCUCCAUCUUUCAACAGUCACCACAGUAACCUAGCAGAAUCUCAACAAAAAGCAACAACAGAAGGCUCUGCUGGUAAAGUUGAAAAUUUUGGCAAGAAGAAGCCACUUCUGCAAGCCUGGGUCACACCCUCAGAGAUACAUCCAGUACCAGCUCAGCCAAGUGCUGGAGCUGGGGCAUCCAAGCACAGGCUUCAUCCCGUGAAGCCAAUGAACACAACAGCCACUAAGAUUGCAAACUCUAGCUUGGGAACUGCUGCCAUCAUCAGUGAAAACCUGAUUAACGAAACCAUUAUGAAGAAAUACCAGCCCUCGGAUCCCGCCUUCGCCUACUCGCAGCUGACCCACGACGAGCUGAUCCAGCUGGUCCUCAAACAGAAGGAAACCAUCAGCAAGAAGGAGUUUCAGGUGCGCGAGCUGGAGGACUACAUUGACAACCUGCUGGUCCGGGUCAUGGAGGAGACGCCCAACAUCCUCCGUGUGCCGGCGCAGACGGGCAGAAAGGCUGGAAAGAUGUGAGCCGCCGGAGAGAAGCUGGCGCCCUGCGCAUGUGGGCUGGCCAUCAAGAGUUAAUUCUCCUAGUUGGAAACCAGGUUAAUUAUUACAAUGACUCUUUUACUCUCCAUUCCCAGAGAUUUAUUUUUUAAAAUGCCGCUGUGCCUUUAACCAAGUUGUAAAUAUAAGAUUUGAACCUGAGCCAUCGAUUCGGGGGCACCAGUGGAAAUAAUGUAUUUUUUAACACUGGGCUUGUCGCCCUUUGAUAACUGAGAUUUUCAAGUAUGAAUCCUCCAUGAAGCCAGCCUUAGGGUGGGCUGAGAAAGGGCCUGUGCGAUGGGUGCUGUUUCACCUGCUUUCCUGGCCUCUGAGCAGCUCAGGUGUGGCAGAUGCUAAAUUGUCAUAUCAUGUGAACUUCUAGGGCUCAAGGGUUGUUUUUGGUAGGGGUUUUGUUUGGGGAUCAACUGUUCUGCUUUCAGGAUGGGGGUUGUAUAACCUGGGCUGCUCUUGAACUCAUUAUAUAGCUGAGACUAGCCUUUAAUUUCUUAUCCCACACAUACCUCCCAAGUGUUGGAAUUACAGCUGUGUUUGAUGCCUUUUUAUUGGAGCACAGUUGUUUACAGAAGGCCUCUGGGCAUGCUUCUUAGAUCUUGAACAAACUCCCUUUUCCAAUAUCUACUACACUCUAGCCUUAAAAAUAUGCUCUUUAUGGGUGGGGAGACAGUGGACAAAGCGCUUGCAUGAGGAUCUGUAUUUGGAUUCUCGGCACCUGGGCAAAGAUGAAGGAGUGGUGGCUUGUGCCUGGGUAGGGGUUGGGCUCGUGGGUAUUGGGUGGUAGAGACAGGUAGAUCCCAAGGGUUGGUUCACUGACCAACCAUUCUAGGUGAAUGGUUCAGUGAGGCUGCCUGGCUUGAACAACAUGGUGAAGAAGCUACCAUAGACCUCUGCCCUUCAUAUACUCCCACAUAAGUAAGCACACUCACACACACAUGUGCACACACAGCGCUCUUUAGAUCCAUAGGGCCAUCUCCUGGAGACAUGAAGGAAUUAAAGAGUCGCUGUUCAGGCUGGAGAGAUGGCCCAGUGGUUAACACUGGCUGCUCUUCCAGAGGACCUGGGUUCAAUUCCCAGCACUCACAUGGCCGCUCACAACUGUCUGUAACUCCAGUUCCAAGGGAUCUGACACUCACUCAUGAACGCAGGCAAAACACCAAUGCACAUAAAAUAAAAAAUAGUAAGAAUCACUUUCCACUUAUGUAUGGGAAAAUGGUCAGAGCCCCUCCACUUGUGGUAACAGGAUUCCUGUCGGCCUUUUUAGUGCCUGGAGAGAGGACUGUGCUGCAGAUGGCUACUGCAGCAGUUCUGGGAGGUAGAGAAUGGUUUUCGGAAGGGUCCUUCGGCCUGUCUUGCUGGCUUUCCUGGAAGGGAGUAGACUAGAGUCCACCAAUUCCUCAAGAUGAAGGAGACUUGGGCUGGGGAAAGUGCUCAGUGGUCAAGCGCACCAACCCCUACCCCGCCCUACCCCACACUUCAAUAAUAAGUAAAAAUUGUGAAGCACUACAAGAUGACAUUUGCUUUUAGACUGCUACUUCCUGAUUUGGGGCAGUUGUGUUGUUGCUGCUAUUUUGAGACUCCAUGGCUUCAAGCUCUCAUGUCCCCUGCCUCAGCUUUCCAAAUACGGAGAUUGCAGGUAUGUGUCACCAUGCCUGGUAGAUUGCUGUAUUAAAAUAUAUACAUAUAAAAAUUUUUUAAACUCAGCCCCUUUUUCACUAGUAGAGGGAAUUUUAUUGCUGGUCACCUCAUACUGGAAUUAAGUGUUUCGUGUUUCGUGUUCGUUUCGUUUCUUUUCUUCCUGGUUGUAAUAAAAUCUCAUCAAAUCUUAACAUCUCUGCUAGGCGAAUCACAGGCCAAGUGGGAUGGACAAGGUAGGGGUAGUUGUGGUUAUCAGUGAAGAACCUCGCUGUGUAUGUCCUUACCCUGAAGGUGAGGAGCAUUGGUUAUACUGGAGCACUUUAAUCUGAAGGGCAAGACUGUAACUUGAUUUAUCUAAUAAGCUGUUAAUGAUCCACACCUGUUUUUAUUUAAUCUCUCCUACAAUAGUUGGGACCACUGCAGAUUGCUGAGAUGAUUUUUUUGUUUUGUUUUGUUUUGUUUUGUUUGUGUGUGUGUGUUAUGAAAUUCGUUAACAUGCCUACAAAAAAAAAACAUAUCCACUUGAACUCCAAACAUGUACAUGUAUACAUCUUUUCCGCACUGUGAUUUUUUUUUUUUUACUUGAUAUAAAUGUAUUUUUACUGUGAUAACCUAAGUGCAAUGGGGGGGCACUGGUUCUUGGAAGAGCCAGCGUGGGGAAUUGCCUUGUUCAUGAAGGCUCUGGCAGUCUCUGCUGCUGCUAGGACCUUUGGUAUGUCACUGAGUCAGGACCAGAGAGGACCUUCUAGGUAGACUGAAUUCCUGCGCUCUGAAAUGCCACUUGGGAACUCUGGAGAAAGAAGGACAGUUUACUUCGAAGGGCUUCUCUGGUUUCUGCCAGCACUGGAAAACAUUGCCUUUCUAACUUUGCUGUACCUCAGAAAGCACACAGAACGCACGCCUACUUAAUAGCUGUUCUUGGAUAUUCAGUUGGGGGCUGAGGGAAGCUGAGCCUGCGCUGAGCCACUGGCAGAGGUUGGUGAUGUGGAGAGCCCUGGAGCUAUGGAGGCUGCCACUGAUGCCAACAUGAGGGGCCCUUUUCUUGCCCUCGCCUGGCUUGCCUCCAGAAAAGGCCAGCCAGGGAUUUUUGGUGGGGGAUGGGAAGGCAUUGGAUAAAUAUCAGCAGACUCCAUUUGGAGGACAGCUUCCUUAAAAAACAGCCCGCCCUUGGCCUGAUUGUUUCGUAUCAUUUUAUUCUUGGCUUUGGCACAUGGCCUACCCCCCCUUUUUUUAUUCCAGUAUGUUACCUUUCCAGAAGGACAGCAGAAGGAAGGAGGAAGCAGCCCUGCUCUGUGUACUGCUCCGUAGCUGUGUCCUCCCAGCCUCUGUGUUCACAGGGCAUCCGGAGAGCCUGGUCCUUGUCACUGCGGUGAACUCUGGAACCCGGGAUCUUCGUCCCUGUGUUCUUCGUCCCUGUGUUCUUCGCCCACUCGACCUUUUUUGCUGUUGGGGAUGAAACCCGGUGUUUUAUGCUUGCAAAUCCCAUGCUCUGCCACUGAGUUACACCCUCAGGCAGACCCCCAUCCCCCUUGGUGGUGUUUUUGUCUGCUUUUUGAGACAGUUCUUCUGGUUUUGUGACUACUGACCUUUAACUCCUCAUCCUCCUGUCCCCACCUCCCAAGUGCUAGAAAUAUCAGAGUAUGCUGCCUUUCCCAGCUUUUACUACUUUUUUUUCCGUGGGGUAGGGUAGUAAUUAAGGAUCCUUCAAGACUGAAAAUCAGUCAGUUGGCUUAGGUAGGGCAUGUGAACCCAUAUCAGCUCCAACUCUGGAUUCUCCUACCUACUUUGUGAGCUACUGAAUUGACUUUCCCCUUCCUCCAGCUGAUGGCUUACUUAGUAGGGCUUGAUUGGUUGGUCAGUUUGUCGGUGGGUUGGUUUGGCUUUGGGGGAUAUUUUGUUUUGUUUUAUUUUUCGAGACAAGGUUUCUCUGUGUAACCCUGCCAUACUGGAUCUUGCUCUAUAGACCAGGCUGACCUCGAACUCAGAGAUCUGCUUGCCUUUGCCUCUGACUUCACCUGGUGUUUUUAAAUUACAGAAUUACCAUUCCCUGCUGUAUUACUUUGGCGGGGGGGGGGGGGGUUGUUGAACUUGCUCUUAAGAAAUAACUUAAGAGAUUUGGCAUGUAGCUCAGUACAGUGGUGCCUUAAAUGCACAAAGCACCAGGUUUGAUAUCACACACACACACACACACAUACACACGCACACACACACAAACUGAGCAAUCCCAGCCAGCUUUUGUGGGCAAAAAGUGACCAAAAGUUCAACUUCAUCCUCAGCAGCACAGGGAGUCAUGUCAGACGAGGAUACACGAGACCUUGCCUCAAAACAAACAAAACCCUAAGACUUCCUAACACUAAAUAAAAUGUUAACUAACUUUAAA